AUGCACAUUGCCUCCAAGAAGCCUACACCAUCGAGCCGUCUCUCAGAGGAAACUCGUCUAAUGUGGCAAAUGGAUGAGUUGAACUAUACGACACAUGCUGCUGCAUUAAAAACCACUGCCAUGACUAAGCUCGACGAGGAGAAAAAGGAGCUUCCCACCGUACCGGUCGUUCAUCUGCCGCUUCCGACAGUUGCUGAAACCACGACACAUCCACCUGCCAGAAAAAGCUUCUAUUCGACUCACACAUUGUCCACUUGGAGACUGACAGCAGCACCUCCGACCACAACUACCACUGCUGCACCAGUUCCAAGAACACCAUGGAUACCGUCUGGAGUGCAGACUGAGGAGGAGAAACGACUUGUGGCCGGACAGAUGCCUUUGCCUGUAGUGCGCCCUGAAAAAAGUACUCUAGAACGUUUGAACAGCGAGCCGCCAUCAGCAACGGAGACCGUAGUGUUCCAGCGGCCAACAGUACCACUACCUCGUCCAGUGAAACACGGUUUCGAUCGUAGUCUUGACAGGGCCAUCGAUUCCGGAGUCUUCAACUAUCCACCCGACAAUUCGCAACAACACCAAGAUAUUCCCAGGAAUGGCAAUUUCCAGUCACAACUGUCGACGUUCUCCUCAUCUGCGACAUGUAUCGCCCGUACGAUGUUCGACCUAUGGUGUGCCUGUCAGCUUCUCACCCUUUUCCCCUACCUAGUUGGAGUUUGUGCCGCCCGACGAAGUUUGUUCGUAUCGCAUCUCGUGCUAGACAUUCUUCUCCUGGUCAUCGGCUUUGUAUACACGUGA